GUCGAACGUGGCUGGCCAUUCGAGGGUAGCGAAUGGACGUGGGACUACACGGACGGCCUGCCAGACGAUGAGAAAGAGGACUCACACCACUGGAGCGCUGCUGACCAGGAUGCGGACGCAGAGGAGGAGCUCGGGGACAUGCCGGAAGUGUUCCCGACCCUGGUCCUGGGCUGGCUGAUGCUCGCGCGGUCGGGGCUCGACUCGCGCGGGAGGGCGGCCAUCAUGACGGCGACGGGCGGCUCGCUGGGGGUCAACACCAUCCGGGAGAAGCUGAUCUCGAGCUGGGAGGACGACGACCUGGCGGAGCGUGAUGGGCACUCAAGGUUCCCGAAGGCGUACACAGCCCAGCUUGGAGAAGAUGAUCGCACAUGGCUUGACGGAGAUGAAGCACUAGAUGCAAGCAGCUUCGCAGCCGACAUGGAGAACAGCGAGUGGCAGGAGGAAGAACCAGGCCCAGAGGAGGCGAACGAUGACGACAACGAGAACUACUUGGCGGCUCAGCAGGAGGAGGCGGAGGCGCUCGCGGCGAUCCACACCGCCCAGCGUACCCUCCGCCAGGCUCGUGAAGCUCAGGCAGACAGCAGGCUGAGCAGGGGCUUCUACAAGGGAGGCACUCCAGAGGCGAGCGCGAAGGUAGCAGAGUGCAGGAAGGAGCUGGUCGCCGAGCAGGAGCCCCUGGACUCGAAUUGCGAGGCGAUGUUUGCGGACCAGGCCAUCCUCGAGGGCAACGGCAUCGUCGACUUAGGGUGCACGGACGCCAUGGGUGGCGAGCGCGCCCUGGACAUCGUGGCCCGCAAGAACUUGGAGAAGUAUGGCGACGCCAGGCUGCUGGACGUGAAUCUGGGCUACAGGCCAGUCUACAGCUUCGGGAAUGGCGAGAAGGAGCGCGCCUACGGACAGGUGAAGUUCGGCAUCACGGGCGCGGGCGUGGAAGGCGACAUCGCCAUCAACGGUUUCUCGAAGGAUGUCCCGACCCUGGUGUCCAAGAAGGUGUUGAAGAAGCUCGGCGCCGUCGUGGACUGCGAGACUGGGGUGGCCGUGUUCGUGAAGCUCGCGCCGGACAUCCCCGUGCAGCUGGAGGAGUCGCCGGAUGGGGGACACUACUACCUGAGCCUGGUUGACGACUUGCUGGAGCAGCGCGUCAAGGACCAGAACCAGCUGCGGAAUGUCAAGACCAUCUGCGAGAUCAUGCGUGAGUGGGAUUGCCAGCCCGUGGCCGCAGUGCGCCAGGGGCCGGACAGCAGCUCGGAUGACCGGGCUGAGCAGUCGAUGCCAGCGUUUCGCAGUGCAGUGCAGGGCCUCUACCAAGCGGAGGUGCUGCAUCUACUCCAGGAGCUCGGCCUGCCGCGCAGUCCGGCAUGGGGCGUGGACGAGCUGAAGCAGGCCCUCAAGGAGCACAUGUUUCCGGUGAACGAGACGCCAGUGCAGAUGGCCAUGAAGGGUCUCAGCUCGAUGAAGAAGUCCCAGCUCUUGGCGAAGGCAGAGGAGGUAGGUGCCCACGUGACACAGGGCAUGACGAAUCCGUCGCUCAAGCUCUCGAUCCGCAAGGCCAUCCUCAUGAAGCGCACCCCGGAGCCGACCGACUACCUGGGCUUCGGGAAGCACGGAGCCAUGACCUACCAGCAGGUUCGGAGCCAGUACCCGUCCUACGCAGCCUGGUGCCAGAAGGGGGCGAACCAGGAGAGCAGCUGGGAGCUGGCCCGGUUUGCCUCGUGGCUCAACGAGCAGGAAAUCAUCGACGAGAAGGCGGGGGUGACCAGGGAUCCGAAGGAGGUCCCGAGGGAGCCGGACAAGGCCCGAGGGGGCGCGAGGUCAUCCCGCAGAAGAACGGUAGACGCGAUCAUGGAGGACGAGAUCGAGGAGCAGAAGAAGCUCGAGGCUGCGAUCAAGGUGCAGAAGGAGGAGAAGGAGUCCAACCGCUUGGUCCAGGAGCAGAUGCUGGCGGCGCUGAACCAGCUCAACCAGAGGAGAGCGGCCGAAGACUAUGAGGCGCUGAUGGCCCACGGCGGUACCAAGCUGAUGGAGGUCGCGUGCAGCCCGACGUCCAUCCUGAGCACGAAGAUGGCAGAGAAGUUCGGCAAGGACGCUGUAUGCCGCGUCAGUGCGUGGAACGGUUUCAAACUGGGGACCCCUGGCGGCAACCAGAGGGCUCGGGAGGCACGUGAUGAGGCCGAACCAGACCACCUUUGGAUCAGUACGAGGUGUGGCCCCCUGUCGAACCUCACCCUCGGCUUCGACGGCUCCAACCCAAUCAGGGCCGAGGCCACCGGGAAGCGCAGGUUGCAGGCCAUCAAGGAGUACAAGGGCGCGGUGCAGCUGGUGUACGACCAGGUGGCUCAAGGCAAGCAUGUACACUGGGAGUGGCCCAUCAAGUGCGAGGGCUGGGGCCGCACGAUGAUCAGGAAGAUGGUGGAGGACUGCUCCAUGACUGUGGUGAAGGUGGCAGGCUGCCAGCUCGGCGUGAAGGAGAUCACCGACAUGCUUACAGCGGCCACCAGCUAUUACCCGGACGAGUUUGCCAGACGAGCUGUUCGCGCGAUGACCGAGAAGGCCGCGCCCGACUACCACGAGUUCAUGAGGUGUUUGGUAGAGCCUGGGGAGGCGGCCGACCAGGCGAUGGUGGCCAACCAAGUGGAGACAGAGAUUCACUCGGACGUGAGCUCGAAGGAGUACCAGCAGAUCAUGAGGUGGCUCACCUCGAUCCACCGUGGCUCAGGUCACAGCUCGAAGGCCUCCAUGCUGAACGCACUUCGGAGGAAGGGCGCCAGCCGACAGGUGCUACAGGUGGCUGAGGACUUCCACUGCGACACUUGUGAGGAGGCGAACAAGUUCAAGCCCGCACAUCCGUCCGUCAACUUAGAGGCCAUCCCGCCGAAGUGGAAGCGCAUCCAGGCGGACCAGUUUGAAUGGGAGCACCCGCAGACGAAGGUCAAGUCCAAGAUCUCCCUGAUCAUAGACGAGAACUGCCGGGUGCGCGUCAGCAAGCUACUGUACCACAUGGUUGGCGAGGACCGGCACAGGAAUCCUGUGCGGGCCGACCUCAAGCAGUUCUACGAGGAGCGCUGGAUGCCCUACUUCGGCAAGCCACAGAGGGUGGAAGUGGACCCAGAGGGAUCCUGGAUGUCCAAGCAGGCGGCUGGGUACUUUGAUUCCGACUCCAUCGCGUACGAACCCAUACCUGGCCAGGCCCAUUGGCACAUCUCCCUCGCCGAGGGGGCCAUCCAGGCCACCAAGGGGACCAUGGACAAGUUGGUGGCGGAGAACCCCGAGAUGACGACGGAGGAAGCCCUGGCCAGAGCGACCGCAGCUGGGAACUCACGUGAAGAUGUUCGAGGACACUCACCCCUUCAACAUGCCCUCGGGCGAGCACCAGACCUGGACGGACACUUCUUUGAGAGCGACUUCGACGAACUGCCCUACGUGGAAGCCCAGAGGGUCGACAAGGAGUUCGGGGAGAACUACACGAGAAUGCAUGCGGCCGAGCAGGAGUACCUGAGGCAAGUCUACAUGCGACGCAUCAGCAGGUCAGAGAACGCGAAGAAUCAGGCGGUGAAGUCCGUGGUGCCAGGCAUGUGGGUGCGCUACUUCCGGAAGGAGAAAGGUGAAGCUAAGGGCCGAUUCAAGGGGCUCGCGAGGGCCCUGGCCACAGAGACGGCGCGGCCGGUGGACGGGGACCUCAGCGAAGGACAGGCCCUACACCCUGGGCGAAGGACAGGCCCUACACCCUGGGUGUGGCUGGUACGAGCCGUGCGUAUCAUCAAGGUGGACCUCUGCCAGAUCCGGGCAGCCUCCUCACGGGAGAUCGCCUACGCAGAGCUGAUGGGAGGCAAAGACGCGCCCUGGACAGUCCACAUCUUCAUGAACCAGACGAUGAAGCACGAAUACCUGGACUUCACUGGCCACGACCCCACUGAGGACGACAUGGAGAUCUCGACCUGGGAGCAGAUGAAGGAGAACAUGGCCUUCAUGGCGAAGUCCACUCCAGACGCCAGAGCCUUUCGGGCUCGUCAAGGCACGUCACUGGAGGUCUCCGUUGAGGUUCCCCUGGAGGGCAAGCCGCUCAAGCAGGCCACGAGACACAUGAGUACCUACAUGGCGAGCCAGCUGCGAAAAGGCAAGCGCGAGAUCUCGGAGAGGACAUUGACCCUGGACGAGGUGGCGAAGUUUGGCCAAGCAAAGGCCACGGAGGUGAACAACUACAUCGUGUCUUCGGUGCUGGAGACGCCCCCACCAGGAGUGACCCCGCCUCCCGAGGACAUCAUGCGCAUGAGAUGGGUCCUCGAGUGGAAGAUGGACGAGAACACGGGCGAGAAGAAGCCGAAGGCGAGGAUUGUGGUCCUGGGUUACAUGGGCCCCGAGUACGAGCACCGUCCGACCACCGCUCCAACCAUGACGAGAACUUCGAGGCACCUGGUGCUGCAGACGAUGGCGUGGUUGGGCUUCAAGGGCUACAAAGCGCACGUGACGGGGGCCUUCACGCAGAACAGAGAGAUCCAGCAUGACCUGUUCGUGAUUCCUGUGAAGGAGCUCGCGGCGGCACUGGGGAUGCCCGAGGGCGUCGCGAUGCGGCUCAGGAAGGCGGUCUACGGGCUCGUGGAAGCAGCGAUCGAGUGGUUCAUGACCGUGAGCGAGGCACUGGAGGAGUUCGGUUGGACCCAGAUGAAGAUGGACCCCUGCGUGUGGGUGCUCUACGGUGACGCUCCCGGCAAGGAUAACGGCUUCACCAAGGAGGCGCUGAAGGACUUCACGAACCCAGAGGUGCUCGGGGACCUGAUCGCGGCGAAGGGGGACAUGGACAUCAUAGCCAUUGCGGGGUCGAACGUGGACGACUUCCUGCUCGGUGGCAACGACGCGGACCCCAGGUGGAUCACUGCCCGGGAACAGAUCGAGAAGCGCUUCAAGUUGAAAGCCUGGGAGUCGGAGGAGUUCAUGCAGACGGGGGUGCGGAUCAAGCAGCAGCCCGACAGGAGCUUCCGCAUGGACCAGAGCGAGUAUGCGAAGACCAUCGAGAAGGCAUACCUCACCCCGGAGCGCAAGAAGGCCAAGGACAUGCCGACCACCGACAAAGAGAAGGGCCAGCUGAGGGCUAUCUUAGGAGCCAUCGGGUGGAGGUCAGAGCAGUCAGACCCUACGCACUCUGCCGACACAAGCCUCCUGCUCAGCACCAUGCCCUCGUCCACCGUGCAGACCAUCAACGAGACCAACCGCUUGGUCGAUCGUGUUCGUGAGUGCGCUGAUCUACCUGUGGUGAUGCACGGCCACUCUCGGGCGCAGGUGCUGGUGCCGGUGGAGUGGUCCGACUCCUCCGAGGCCAACCGCCCCGACGGAAAGUCAACGAAGGGCCUGGUGGCAGGGCUGGCACCUCUGAAGAUCCUCAAGGGCGACGAGGCGGACGUGAGCCUCAUAUCCUGGAAGUCCGGGAAGAUCGAUCGUGGUUGCCGCAGCUCCGUGGCAUGUGAGACGCGCUCCGCCGAGGAUGCUGAGGACGAGCUGUUUGGCAUCAAGCUGCAGUGGCUGGAGAUCCUGGGCAACAACGUCGACUGGAGGAACCCCGAGGGGAUUCUACGCAGACUGCCAGGAGCAGUGGUUGUGGAUUCAAAGGGCCUGCACGACAAGCUGCAGACGACAUUCUACACCUUCCGGGGCAGGGAGAAGCGAACCGACGUGGAGGCCAUGACCCUGAAGGAGGGGACGCAGGCUGCGAACAACUGGAUGCUCUGGGUGCAUGGGGAUGCCCAGCUCGCCAACUCGCUGACGAAGGGACACGAGCCAGGCCAGCUGCGGAUGUAUUUCAACAACGGGCACCGCUGGAAGCUGGUCUACGACGAGAAGUACCAGAGUGCACGGAGGAGGAAGGCAGCUGGAAUCCAGCCGUUCGAGCACGCAGGAGCGGGCAUUCUCAAGACGCCAGGCGGGACAAUGGCUCACAUCAGUGCAGCUGCGUGCCCGGACUCCCCGCCAUAUGAGACCAUGGCCGAGUGCAGUUCAGAGGAGGAGGCGGACUCAAGGAUGCUCAGCUUGGAGGACCCUUAUCCGUGCAAUUCCGAGGUUGAGCAAGCCUGA